UUAGGUAGUCGCCGAGCGCAUGCGCAUUAAAGGAGAAAGUGGCCGACAGCAUAGAGCGGAUGUCAACAACAUGGCGCCGUAGAGAUGGCGCCGAGCAUUUACAGACUUUGACGGCUCUUCUCCCUCAUUUGAAGACAUAAUCCACUAAAUCAGAGCUGCUGUGCCACAAUGAAAGCGAACAGAGGCAACAUGCUGGAUGCCGGAGUGUUCAACAAGGUCAAAUAUUCAAGGCUUGCUGCAGAUGACGAUGGCUACAUUGACUUACAGUUUAAGAAGAAUCCACCAGCUGUCCCAUACAAGGCAAUCGCACUGGCAGUCUUUCUCUUUUCGGUUGGCUCCUUACUCAUCAUCUUCGGGGCUCUUCUUCUGUCUGGCACGAUUGAAGUUGAGCACCGAGACCGCACCAUCCCUGUCAUCAUCAUAGGGAUUCUGGUGUUUCUUCCCGGAUUUUACCAUUUGAGAAUUGCCUACUACGCCUCCAAGGGAUACCGAGGCUACUCCUACGACGACAUCCCAGACUUUGGCGACUGAGUGGAGAAAACGCCGUAUUUAUAUCCCUUAAGUAUUGUCCGCUAUUGUCUUUGUUCCCCCCAGAAUGUAGCAUUAAGACCAAAAGUGUCACACUGGUCAGACACAGCGCUGUUUAUCCACAGGUGCAGGAUUUCAAAUCAUCUCUCUGCUUCUGUCUGCUGCACUCCGUGUAGAAGCUUAGGAAACCUUGCCGACGGUGAACCAAAGUGGCACAAAUAACGCGGCCCCUUGCCUGCAUCCCAGCAGCUACAAUGUGUUCUAAUCUCAAGAAAGCCGAACACAGGUUUGUGGACUCAAAUCACUGCUGUGACAUUAUAUUUCAUGUUUUAUUUUUUUGAAAGGAGCAUUUUCUCCAUGUAUGCAAUUUGAAAGCUUUGUGUCAUCCGUCACUGUUGUUUCUUAAUGUCCAUAUUUUGAAAUAUUUAUAUCUUUUUGCAGCACUAUGCAAAGACUGUUUGAUCCAACUGCGGUUGUUCCCAAUAAUCUACUGAGAACCACUGUCCUUUUCACUGGACCUUUGUUUUUGGGGCUUUUUUCUGAGUUACAUAUUUCAGAAAUAUAAAUAUCCACUGCAAAAGUUCUUGGGGGUAUAUACAGAUAUAUUUACAUUUGCAAGUGCCUACGAUGCAUAUUUUAAUAUAUAUCAAUGCUUUAUUAAAGAAUUUGGAUAGA